UCAUCUGCCAUGUCAUGGGACAGAGACUGAGCGAGGGACAGCUUUCUAAAGUCUCUGCAAAAUCGGACAAGAGUCCUUUGUUGCCAGUAGCAGAGGAAGAAGAGGCCAUGCCAGAGGCGUCGGAGGCGAUAUCAUCUGGGGUGAACUCACCAGCCUCAGCUGACUCAUUGAAGGAUCCUUCUGAAAAAGCGAAGGACAUGACCUUUGACCCUGUUGUCAGUGAGGGUAAUCUUCCAACAGUCCCUGCUGCGCAAGGCUCCAAAAAAGACCCUAUGACUCUGAUGAACAAGCUUAAGAAAGAAAUGAGCAGUAUGGCAGCCAUUGAGGAGCAAAAAGCUCAGGAGGACGGUGAGCCUUCAGUGACCACAGAAAAAGAAGGUGGUACAUCUGUCAUCUCUGAAAAUGCCAGCGAUUCCACCAAAGAUGUCAAGAACAGCCUGUCGCCAAGUGACAAAGAGAUAGAGGCGGAGUUCCACCGGCUCUCUCUGGGCUUCAAAUGUGACAUAUUCACCCUGGAGAAGAGGCUACGCCUGGAGGAACGUUCGCGGGACCUGGCUGAGGAGAACGUCCGGAAGGAAGUGAACAGUUGUAAAGGUCUGCUGCAGGCCCUGAUUCCACGGUGUGAGGAAGAUAACCAGUCCAUGGAGAUCAUCCAUCGUCUGCAGAAGAACCUGGAAGUCCUCAUUCAAUCCAUGACCAGAGUAUCCAGCCGUUCAGAGAUGCUUGGGGCUGUUCAUCAGGAGACCAGAGUGGGUAAAACGGUGGAGGUGAUGAUUCAGCAUGUGGAGAACUUGAGGAGGAUGUAUACCAAGGAGCACGCAGAGCUGUUAGAGCUCAGAGAGAACCUCACACCAAAUGAAAGGUCCUUUGGGUCCCACACUGAGAGGGAUGAUUUCAGAAACAAGAAGCCAUCAACUGGAAACAUUUUCAAAAACACUAGCCGACGUAUCAGUAUAGCUACCAUUCCCCGCAGCAUUGGAGGACAGACCCAUUUUGACAUGCCCAAAGACAUGGCAGAAACUGAGGUAGAGAGACUCUCCCGUCGGUCACCAUGGAACAUGGCAACCAAGAGGCCACCCCUAAAGCGCUUCAUUAGCUCUGGUACUUGGGCCGACAAUGAUGAGCCCACUCUGAUGAAUAGAUUUGGAAAUGACACAGACUCUCACUCCGAGGAGGAGCGGAAGGCAGAACCAGAGGAAAGAAGGAGUAGCCUAACAGAAUUGGGCAUCAAAAUCACCUCCUUCAUAAUGCCAACUAAGACUCCCAGCCCCAGCCCAACAGAUCACGCUCCACCCAGUCUGACUGAUGGGAGGCCUGCAGUUUCCAGAGGCACCAGGGGCAUUUGGAUUUGGCUGGCCUUGCUUGUGGUUCUAGUUGUUCUACUGGCCCUGCUGGCGAGCCUGAUGUUACAGCCUGCAGUAGAUGCAGCACCUGUGGGCACCGGGGACUCCUGGAUGACCAUCCAGCAGCUUCUGUGGCCCUAUACUGGGCUGAGGCACAACGGCCAGCCCCCUGUGUGACACCAGGGGGUCGGCAAGGCUGCAGUGGCUGGUUCUGACUUUCAGAAAAAACUCUGGCUGCAAGAGCUGUGAUGCAACACUACUGCCUGUCCUUCUAAAAGAACACUUUGUGACCAUUUCUUACUGAAGGUAAAAAGAUGUGCUGAAAACUGUAGACUGCUUGAAUGCCGUGUAUACAAACCGUCAGGUUGGCGACAUAUGUAAUAAGCACUUUUAUGAGUCAGUGCCAGCCAAUCACACGGUGGAUAUUUGGAUUGGAGUGGGAUGAGCACACUGCAAUUGUGUGAAUGUCAAACAUCAUAUAUUGGUUGCCCGAAAAGGCUGCCGUUUUUAAACAUUUUGAAAUUGAUCAGUGUGUUUUUAUGGGCAGUUUGAAAGUGUAUUGAGAUGAGACCUUUUUAAAAAAAUUUUUUUUCUUUUUGUUAACUUAUUUGACAGUUUUAUGCAGUAGAUGUUUUUUAUAUUAUUAAUUGUUUCAAACACAUGGUUUUUAUCCUCAUAAAGCUAUAGCUUUGGUGUUCAUUGUAAGAAGUUCAUACACUUUUGUAUGUUCCAAAGAGGGGGGAGAGAAACUUUGCACAAUAAAAGAAACUGAUCCAA